GCCUCCCAAAGUGCUGGUAUUACAGGCGUGAAACACUGAACCCUGCCGAAUACCUCUUCUAUUUAAAGAUGUCUUUAGAAAUAUCCCCCCUGAAAAGGAGAGGCAUCCUCUGAGAAUUCAAGCCAAGUAAAGCUCAUUUCACAUCCCUUUUGUUGAACAGGAACUUCUGUGGUGUACACUCACCAGGAGUUGUUUUUGUGUCUGUCCUUUAUCCCCAGGAAACCUGUAGGAAGUGUCAGGGACUCUGGAAAGAACAUAAUGGCCUCACCUGUGAAGAGCUGGCUGAAAAAGAUGACAUCAAGUACCGUACCUCUAUUGAAGAAAAAAUGACUGCUGCCCGCAUUAGAAAAUGCCACAAGUGUGGGACUGGCCUCAUCAAAUCUGAAGGCUGCAACCGCAUGUCUUGCCGCUGUGGUGCCCAGAUGUGCUACCUCUGUCGAGUUUCUAUCAAUGGAUAUGACCAUUUCUGCCAGCAUCCCCGCUCCCCAGGAGCCCCCUGCCAGGAGUGUUCACGAUGCUCUCUCUGGACUGACCCCACUGAAGAUGAUGAGAAGCUUAUUGAGGAAAUCCAGAAGGAAGCUGAAGAGGAACAGAAAAGAAAGAAUGGAGAGAACACCUUCAAACGCAUCGGACCCCCACUGGAGAAGCCCAUGGAGAAGGUACAGAGGGUGGAGGCCCUCCCAAGGCCUGUCCCACAGAACCUGCCGCAGCCACAGAUGCCACCCUAUGCCUUUGUGCACCCACCCUUCCCCCUGCCGCCCGUGCGGCCCGUGUUCAACAACUUCCCACUCAACAUGGGACCCAUCCCAGCCCCAUACGUGCCCCCGCUGCCCAAUGUGCGGGUCAACUAUGACUUUGGUCCUGUCCACAUGCCCCUGGAGCACAACCUGCCCAUGCACUUUGGCCCCCAGCCACGGCAUCGCUUCUAAUGGCCCGGAACCCCCACUGAGCAGGACAGAGCCCAUUUGGGGUGGGGGUGUGGGAUGGAGAACACUCCCCUCCCCCAAGGCUGGUGGCUGUGCCAUUGCUUCCUAAGUCAGGUUGAAGGGUAGGCUGGUUUUCUUCCCACCUCUUUCCUAGAAGGGCCACUGCUCCCGGAACAGUGGCCACAGCUGCUGGCCCUCUGGGGGGCCUGCAUGGGAUUGGUUUGGCUCCCACUCGGCAGAGUCAAAAGGGCCUCAAAGCCCUUCUUUGAAGAGUUCUGCCAUCCUGGCAGGUAGCAUGGUGGCCCUGGCUGCUGUGUCACUCCAGUCCCUGCAGAAAGAAACCAAGAGGAAAUAUUUUGCCUCCAUUCACUUUUUCCCCUAGCAAACACCAGGGAAAAAAACCUCUCAGAAUUAAAACCACAUGAGCCUUCCUUAUAUAGCACAGACAGAUCCAUAAUAAAGAUGAAAAUGGUGGAGUUCAGAGA